CGCAUAGCGGAACAACUUCCUCGGUAAAAUCGACGCCUGAGAAGUCAAUCUGCGAUCGAGGAUACCCAUCACAACAACCCCACCGAGGAACCCCAUACAUAACUUCGCCAUGGCUUCAAUUGUGCGACCAGCAGUCUUCCGGCAAUCAUGUCUUAGACUCACCACCAAAAAAUCCUUCUCGACAAAGCCUUCGUCGUCCUUCCCCGCCAUCAAGAAGCCAGCAUCAUCGACUCUAUCAAAGAAUGCAAAGACAGUAGCACCAAGCUCUGUGCGCAUUGCGGCCUUCCAUGCCAGUGGGCGAAAAGCAAUUCUUCCUCCACUACCUCGUAAGCUUAUCAACUGAACCUCCUGUGAUAGCAAUUACUAACAUACGCCUCAGAGAGCAUUGAUGGAACCGGUACGGCAUUCCUCAGGUCCACGAUCCAUUGUUUCAACCUACUGACUUGCUCACAGCAAACGAAGCCGCCAAAAUCCCACCAUCAAAUCCAGCUCACGGUUCAUAUCACUGGUCUUUCGAACGUCUCUUGUCCGUGGGACUCGUGCCUCUCACAAUCGCUCCCUUCGCAGCAGGAUCAUUAAACCCAAUGACAGACGCCCUCAUAUGCGGCACUAUCCUCCUCCACUCACAUAUCGGAUUCGAUGCACUAAUCACUGACUAUCUCCCAAAUCGAAGGGUACCCAAGACUAAGAAGACUUUCGACUGGGGUUUGAGACUUGCUACUGUCGUUGUUGGCGUUGGAUUGUAUGAGUUUGAGACGAAUGACGUUGGUCUUACAGAGGCUAUCAAACGAAUUUGGAAGGCAUAAAUGAUCUCAGUGGAUGGAAGGGAACGGU